AAAAAAACACUGCACGAUUAGCCGACCAACCGAUUAAUAAAUGACAGAAGGAAACAGAUACACGGGAUCGCCGGCAUCGGAUCUAAUUCGACAAUCCUGUAUUUGAGAGGUUAUAGCAUUCAUCCGAAGCCAAGACAUGUUAACUUCGGAUCCCAGGAAUUGAUUUCUUAUCAGAAGAAUCGGGGUUUCAGGUCUGUUGCUGGCUAAAUGCUCGCCAGCUGGUGUAGCUUUCUGCAAGCUAUCCAGCUAGCAAGCUAGCUUGAUAGCAAAACGGGUAGCAGGAUUUUCUGUUUUGCCUUGAUGUGACGGGGCACCGAGCACACUAAGUGGAGUAGUUGUUGUUUGUGGGUGAUUGUAAGGGUGUCAGUGUAAAUAUUGCUUGUUAUAUCACUGUAUGGCCUCUGACAACUCUACGCUAACGACCAGCCUAUAAGGUAACCGCUAAUAAAGUGGUUAGGGUCAACAUUUUGCAUAAACUCUUAAACUGGCUAAUAACACCCACCCAGGUAAUUUCACCGAAACUGGUUCAUCACAGCAACUCUUCUUUGUGUUUAUUGGGUCGAUACAUUCCGUACGUUAUCAUCACCCUUCUCCCGCUUGUAUGCCAUAGUAAGCUACUUAGGUUUUGGGACUGUUGAUCCGUCGAGUUUCGGUGUCCUGUUUGACAGAUUCAAAUCCCUGACGUGUGAUAAAGAUAUGUAUGGGUCUCGCUGUUCCUGAGGGUUGUUUAUCAACAUCUCACGGUUGUCGUAACGUCUUGGCUUAGCAUAUGUUUUAUUUUUUUGUCGCCUUUGAUCAGGUGGAUCUGUCAUUGUUCGAUCUAGUUGUCAUUAAUAGUUUUGGAUACAUGCAGAGAACAUUACAGCUGCCUUAAGGUUGUUUGGCAGUGGGUCUUUUGUGCAAUUCCGUAGAAGCUUCCUUGUUUUGGGGUCCACAAGCUUUUCUUAUGCAACUAUCGGGACUGGCCCCUUUUUACACACAAACUCAGUGCAAAUUUAUAUUUAUUUAUUAAAGGAAUAGCACACACAUCCAGCAGUGGACAAUGAAUGGUCUAUCUGUCAGCGAGCUGUGCUGCCUCUUCUGUUGUCCCCCUUGCCCCAGCCGCAUUGCCGCCAAGCUUGCCUUCCUGCCCCCGGACCCCACCUAUGCCCUCCUGCCUGACCUGGAGGCCGGGGCCGUGCCCGCGGGCACCGCCACGGCCACCACAACAGGCCUGCGCUCGCGGGGUGGUGGAGGAGGAGGAGGAGGCAGCGCAGCAGCAGCAGCAGGAGGAGGAGGAGGAGGAGGAGGAGGGGGUGGUGGUGGCACGAGCGGAGGCAGUGGAGGGGCGGCUGGCAGCGGCACUGCGGCCGGAGAGGGCCGAUGGAAGCUGCACCUCACAGAGCGGGCCGAGUUCCAGUACUCGCAGAGGGAGCUGGACGCCACGGAGGUCUUCUUCACGCGCUCCAGCCGGGGCAACCGCGUGGGGUGCAUGUACAUCCGCUGCGCGCCCUCUGCCAGGUUCACCCUCCUGUUCUCCCACGGUAACGCGGUGGACCUGGGCCAGAUGAGCAGUUUCUACAUCGGGCUGGGCACGCGCAUCAACUGCAACGUCUUCUCCUACGACUACUCGGGCUACGGCGUCAGCACGGGCAAGCCCUCCGAGAAGAACCUGUACGCCGACAUCGACGCAGCCUGGCAGGCCCUGCGCACGCGGUACGGCAUCAGUCCUGAGAACAUCAUCCUGUACGGCCAGAGCAUUGGCACCGUGCCCACCGUAGACCUGGCGUCGCGGUACGAGUGUGCCGCCGUGGUGCUGCACUCCCCCCUCACCUCCGGAAUGCGGGUGGCCUUCCCCGACACCAAGAAGACCUAUUGCUUCGACGCCUUCCCAAACAUCGAGAAGGUGUCCAAAAUCACGUCGCCGGUGCUCAUCAUCCACGGCACGGAGGACGAGGUAAUUGACUUCUCUCACGGGCUGGCCCUGUUUGAGCGCUGCCCCAAGGCCGUGGAGCCGCUGUGGGUGGAGGGCGCGGGCCACAACGACAUCGAACUCUACAGCCAGUACCUGGAGCGCCUGCGACGCUUCAUAGGCCAAGAGCUGGCGGCCCAGCAUGCCUGAGUGGCCCACGUCUACACAGACACACACACACACACACACACACACUUACACAUAUACACACACACACUUACACAUAUACACACACACAUACACACACGCACGCACACACACACUUCUGAUACAUGAGUGUGUGUGCAUACACAGGGUCACUGACAGCUUUUGCCGGGCUCAGGACAAUGUCAUCUUUCAGUGAUCACCCAGCACAAACAAUCUAAUGGGGGACCCCCCUCUCCCUGGGUCCGAGACAACUGACCCCUUUGUUCCAUCCCCUGCCGGCUACCCUGUGUGCAUAUGACGUGUAUGUGGACACAUGUAUAUACGCAGGGACGUACACAUAUAUUCAGCCACUCCAUUCUCUUGGUUGUCCACCUUUCUCCUAGGCGCGUGUCCUGUCUCCUUAAAUGUCCACACACGCACACACACACACACGCUUGCGCGCGCGCACACACACACACACACACGCACACACGCACAAACGCAUGCACAUGCACACUAACUCUCCAUGUGAGAGGGAGUGAGUGGGCGGGUUGUCUCCGUCUGUCUGUCCGUCUGUCCAUCUGUGGGCUUCAGAUUCACCAGAGGGGGUGGACAAAGCACAGAUCGGCCUCCCACUCAGAAUGCAAAGACUGAAUAUCUUUUUAUCUCAUUAUUAAAGUCCUUGUUUUGUU